AUGGUCUGGUAUGUGCCACACGAGGAGCCCCAGGUGGGACAGCUCCUACCGUACGACCUGAGAAAAGCUCCUCCUCCAGGCAGAGCCAACCUCAACGCUGACGUCGAAAUCCAGCUCUGUCUCGCCGUGGAGACCACAAACUGUAACGGAUCAGUGGAUGCCUCACCAGUUUUCUACCUGGUGGGCAUCCCUUCUCUGCCAGAGUCCUUCUUCCUCCCCGUGUUUUUUAUUUUUCUCCUCUUCUACCUGCUCAUCCUCAUGGGUAAUGCCCUCAUCCUGGUGGCUGUGGUGGCCGAGCCCAGCCUGCACAAGCCCAUGUACUUCUUCCUGCUCAACCUCUCCACCCUGGACAUCCUCUUCACCACAACCACUGUCCCCAAGAUGCUGUCCCUAUUCCUGCUUGGGGACCACUUCCUCAGCUUCCCCGCCUGCUUACUGCAGAUGUACCUCUUUCAAAGCUUUACCUGCUCAGAGGCCUUCAUCCUGGUGGUCAUGGCCUACGACCGCUAUGUGGCCAUCUGCCGCCCACUGCACUAUCCUGUCCACAUGACUCCACAGACCAAUGCUGCGCUGGCAGCCAGUGCCUGGCUCACCGCCCUCCUCCUGCCUGUUCCAGCUGUCGUGAAAACAUCCCAGAUGGCAUAUAACAGCAUUGCCCACAUUUACCACUGUUUCUGCGACCACCUGUCUCUGGUCCAGGCCUCCUGCUCUGACACCACCCCCCAGACCCUCAUGGGCUUCUGCAUUGCCAUGGUGGUGUCUUUCCUGCCCCUCCUCCUGGUGCUCCUCUCCUACGCCCGCAUCCUGGCCUCGGUCCUUCGCAUCAAGUCCCGAGAAGGGCGCUCGAAAGCCUUCUCCACCUGCAGCUCCCACCUCCUGGUGGUGGGCACCUACUACUCGUCCAUUGCCAUAGCCUACGUGGCCUACAGGGCCGAGCUGCCCCUCGACUUCCACAUCAUGGGCAAUGUUGCGUAUGCCAUUCUCACCCCUAUCCUCAACCCCCUCAUCUACACCCUGCGGAACAAGGAUGUCAAAGCUGCCAUCACCAAAAUUAUAUAUUUUAAGACUCAGGCUGGGAUAGGAGCUGUUGCCUAG